CCCUUUAUCGCCCUCUCGACUUGUGAGAACUAGUGCUUAGCCUAUCAGUAACAAUCUCGGAAGAAUGACGCCUAACGAAUCGAGGGGAUGGAAGGGAUGUCGUCAUUGCCAUCCAGAAAUCAAAAAAGCUUCAGCUACCUAGGCUAUGGGGGGUUUUUUUGACACCUUUAAGAUAUAUUUUGCGGAAAUUUGUAGCUCAUAUGCUCAGAGGGUUGCAAAGGCCCGCGCAGGUAACAUUCUGAAAUCCAACAAAAUAGGGAUCGACUUACAUGAGACUCCCAUGUUUUAUCUCAGCCUCAUCGCUAUGUAGUGACUGCCAAGGUGGCACAGUGGACCACUCUCGCCGCAACUCAGCCCCAUUCUUCCCGACUACGCCUCAUCUAGAUACUAUGACCCCACCAUUUCCCUCCAAACUAUUUCUUCCAUCAAUAUCUUCUCCAUCGGUAAAAAUGUCCGUUCUCACAUCAUCCUACGCGCGCCCCCUAGCCGGCCUUCAACUCCCCCCUCUCCUCCAAGGCCUAGUCCUCUUAUCUUUACUCGCGCUAGGUGCUGCUAUCUUCACAUGCGCAGACCACUACGUGCGUCUAAUCAAAUUCAUCCAACUCUCCGCCAACGAAGAGUUAAGGACCGUCACCAGCGCGAACGCGCUAAUCACAUUGGUCCGGCGCCACGAAGACAGGGCAACAAGACGCAUCAAUGAAACACGCGUAGUAAAGUCCUCCCACAUAUCCUCAAAAUGCUCACUCACACAUUGCCUUGUUCAGAACGCUGGACUCCUCUGGCCGUUCGUCGUUUCGGAGAUCUCCCAAUUGGUGGCAUGCUUCUUUGCUGCGUCGCUCGCACAGAUUUCAUUGCUUUAUGGGUAUCGCUGCGGCAGAUUCCAUGUCUUCUUAAUCGGUUUGGCUUUCCUUGCGAUAUCGCUUGUCGUGGUGCCAUGGUCGACGUUUGGAGUGCUUGCUGUAAUUGUGGCUUUGCUUCGGAUGGUUGGGGGUAGGGCGAGGAAGAUGGAUGAGAAGGGAGAGAUUGAUGGAGGUAAAGGAGACGACGAAGUGUAAUAUUGGAGAACAGCUUGAGUGUACUUCUUUUGACGUUGAAGUUCCAGGAGAGUGGGGAUGCGAAAAGGAGAUCUAACUCGGUGACACACUCAAGAGGGGUAUCAAACUGAUAGUCGU